UUUGCAGUAUACAGCACACCAUUUCAGUGGAGAUACAAUGAUCUCUAGAUCCAGAGUAUGUGCAGCUUUUCUCCAUUUUGUGCUUUGCACAGCCAGUCUAGAUCUGAGCCAGAUCCAAGUUUAUCCAGAAAAUGGUGGAAUCUCUGAAGUAUUUAUUGUCCAGCUCAUAAACCAAUCAUACAGCUUCAAUGCAACUACUGCUAUAGAUGUAUGCACAAGUCUGGGUGUUAGAAUAGCCAGCAGGGCUGAAGUGGAAACAGCGUACCGCAAUGGAUUACAGACCUGCAGAUAUGGCUGGGUUAUGGAGAAAGUUGCUAUUAUUCCUCGAAUUCAGCAAAAUAAAAAAUGUGGCCAAAAUAGAUUUGGAGUAAUUGUUUGGCGUGCUUCUCCUACACAACUAUUUGAUGUGUUUUGCUCCAGAUCAACAGGUCAAACUCAAGCAACAACAUCCACCACCCUAAAUAUGACAACGGUGUCUGAUGGGAGGACUGAUGCUAAAACAACCUCUCCUACAUUCUUUCCAUCAACUUGGCUUAACAAAAACCUCCUUGGUUCCUCUCUAUCACCACAACCCAUUUCCCAUGGUCCCAACACCUCCUUGAUACCUACAACAUCUUCUUUCACUGUCACCCCUAAAGCUGCAAAGAGCUCUCAGACAUGGCCACCAUCUAAUACACUACCAAAUACUAUAUACCAGCCCUCCAUUUCCUCCACUUUUUCUACUUCCUUCUCUUCUUUUUCUACUUCCGUUUCUUCUUUAUCCACCUCAUUCUCUUCUUUUUCAACCUCCUUUUCUAUUCUUUCUUCUUCACAUCCAUUCAUUAACUCUUCCUUUGUAACUAUUUCUUCUAAUGAAACAGAUGUACAACCUCCUCCUGGAAAAGGAUUUUCCUUUGGCGCAGUGCUCUUGGCAUGUGUCAUCCUUGCUGUGAUGCUCCUGAUAAUAGCAGGAACAGGAAUAAUUUGGUAUAUUAAAACUAAACGGCCACAGCGUCUUUCUCCAUGGGAGAGAAUUUGCCACAAGGACAUGUUCGAGACUGAGAUGUGGAAACACGAUGAGCAGCAUUUCACUAUGCAGAAUGACCAUAGGAACUUGGGCGAUGACACACCUUUCCAGAUGGACGAUGACACAAUAUCAUUCUAAGAACAGUUCUUUUAGGGAUUGGUUGGGAUCACAAAUCCCUGCUAAAUCCUAGCUAAAAGAAAAAAACUAAACUAAACAACCGAAACCCUCAUAGAAUAUGCAAUGGUUUUAAAUAUUAUAAUGAAAAUUGUAUUGCUUUUAAUGAAAUUUGUGAUGGUCCCUGUGGGUCUAUACUGGUCAUUUGUUUGUCGUUCAUUGGUAGCAUAUUAUGUCUAGUAGGUACCAUAAAGGACCAAUAAAACACAUUUGGCAACCUGUAGAUUGCAUGAUGAAAUCGAAUAGACACCUAUAGGGACCAUUAAAAGAUGCAUCCAAAUGUCAAUAAGUUAAUGCUUUGGUUUCGAUCACACAAUAAAAUAGAAACCAUGGUAACA